AUGGCGAAGAAGGCGAAGGCGCCGAGAGAUGAAAAUGCUGAUAGACUGCAGCAGUUGAAGGAAUCAAGACGAAAGCUUGAGAACAGAUUCUGCGUUCGAAUUUUCGCCGCUUUUGAAUUCGCCGAGAAUAGAAAUCGUCGCGUGAUGAUGAUACUGAUCACUGCUCAAUUCGAUGCUUUACCAAUAUCUGCUCACACUUAUCCACUCAUCACCUACCCGCCCACACACAUCAUCUUCUCAAGCUCCUCCACCUCUACUCAAAAAUUCGGCCACCAUCCCCGCAGCUCCGGCGACCUUCAAGCCGGCGAGCAUCCAUUUUCCGCAGCCCUAGCCACAGCCGUUUCCCGGCGAACCACCGCGUCUAGCCCCGCCGGCACCUCACCACGUCAAGCAGCCGCCGGCGCAAGUUCCGACGAGCACAGCCGCAGCAAGACAUUCGCCGGGUCCAGCCACUCUCCACGCCGGCAGCGGCAUCCCAGCUCCCAGCCGCCGCCGACCCCGCUUGCAGCGCCGCCGUCGCAGCCACUGUGCGAGCCGCCGUCGACCAGAUCCGCCAAGCUCGUUCGCACCACCCACGAGCCGUCGUCGCGACCAGCUCCGUCGAGCCAUCGCACCAGAUCCGUUCUGCCUGUUCCGCCGUCGCUGCUCUCAAACUACCCGUCACGGCCGCCGGUCACCGACCGCUCCUACUCGCACAGACCGUACGCCGGCGAGCUGCCAUCGCCGUUCACGCGCUCGCCACCACCGCACGAGCCCACAGCGCUUUCCGGUGAGUUCUUGCCGUCCUCCGGCGAGUCACGACGAGCCACCGGCGAACCACAGUUCCUAGUCGCCGGCAAGCAGCUCCCGGCCUUCGGUUCACGAGCCCGGGUCCAGCAGCUCAAAUAG